UCUCAUUUUUGCCUCUUCUCACCUGCUCAGAUGUGGAGCUGGUGCUACCCACCAUCCGUAGCGCGGUGGAAAAGCAGCUCAACCUGAUUGCUCAAGGGAAAGCCAACUUCCACCAGGUGCUGGAACACACCUUGGACAUCUUCAAGAGGAAGUUCCACUACUUUGUGGAUUCCAUCGCUGGUAUGGAUGAGUUAAUGGAAGUGUCUUUUUCACCUCUGGCUGCCACAGGGAAGCCACUCUCCCGAUGCGGCAAAUGUCAUCGUUUUAUGAAAUACAUCCAGGCCAAGCCAAGCCGUCUCCACUGCUCGCACUGCGACGAGACCUACAGCCUCCCCCAGAACGGGACGAUCAAACUCUACAAAGAGUUGCGAUGCCCCCUGGAUGAUUUUGAGCUGGUGCUGUGGUCUUCCGGGUCCAGGGGGAAGAGUUACCCCCUGUGCCCUUACUGUUACAAUAACCCUCCUUUUAGGGAUAUGAAAAAAGGAAUGGGUUGCAACGAAUGUACCCACCCCAACUGCCAACAUUCGCUGAACCAGCUUGGCAUCGGCCAGUGCGUCGAGUGCGAAAGUGGCGUGCUGGUGCUGGACCCCAUCUCUGGGCCCAAGUGGAAAAUGGCUUGCAACAAAUGCAACGUGGUGGUGCAUUUCUUCGAAAACGCGCACAAGGUGCGGGUGUCGGCCGAGACCUGCGACGCCUGCGACGCCGCCCUGAUGGACGUGGAUUUCAACAAGGCCAAGUCGCCGCUGCCUGGCGGAGAGACCCAGCACGCCGGCUGCGUCUUUUGCGACGUGGUCUUCCAGGACCUGGUGGAAUUGAAGCACGCGGCCAUGAAGCACCCCAUGCACCGGGGCGGGCAGGGGAAACGGCAGGGGCGAGGGAGGGGAGGCAAGGGCCGGCGGCUCGGGGGCCGGCAGCCUCCUAAGAAGCCGAAAGACAAGAUGGCGGCCCUCGCGGCUUAUUUUGUAUGAUUCACUGUUGUGCAGAAAGUGUUUCGUAAUAAAAUCCCCCCC